CCGGGCUCACCCUCGCCAUUGUCUGUCUGCGCGGCAGCUGGCCGCGAUGCUGAAGGGCUCCGCGCCCCCUCAGAGGCGGCUGCAGGAACGAGCUCCAGCCCCGGGGAGCAGCCACCCCGCCUGCUGAAGAUUGAAACUUUGCGUCUCUGCCGCGCCCUCUCCUCUUGCUUCCCCUCGCCGGCCCGGCUCGCCCAUCUCCAUGCGCUGAGCGGCCCCAUGGACGCCUUCAGCGCCGCCAAGGCCAAAAUGGGGGCGAAGAGCGGUGGCGAGGUGGCGGCAGCAGCGGGGCUGGCCGCGCCUCAGCCCGCCGCGCUGGCCCCCAGCCCCGCCGGUCCCGGCUCGCCUGCGGCUCCCGAGCCCGCCGCCUACAAGCUGGAGGACCUGGAGACCCUGGCCACCGUGGGCACGGGUACCUUUGGGCGUGUUCAUCUGGUGAAGGAAAAAAUGGCCAAACGUUACUUUGCACUGAAAGUGAUGAGCAUUCCUGAUGUCAUUCGACUGAAGCAAGAACAACAUGUACACAAUGAAAAGUCAGUCCUGAAAGAAGUCAACCACCCCUUUUUGAUCAGAUUAUUUUGGACCAACCAUGAUGAACGUUUUUUAUAUAUGUUAAUGGAAUAUGUGCCAGGAGGAGAACUGUUCAGUUACCUGCGCAACAUGGGACGUUUCAACAACAGCACAGGACUGUUUUACUCUACAGAAAUUAUUUGUGCAAUAGAGUACCUGCACUCCAAAGAAAUAGUUUACAGAGACUUGAAACCUGAAAAUAUAUUACUAGACAAAGAAGGACAUAUCAAGCUUACUGAUUUUGGAUUUGCUAAAAAGCUGGUGGAUAGGACGUGGACACUCUGUGGCACUCCUGAGUACCUUGCACCAGAAGUUAUACAAAGCAAAGGCCAUGGAAGAGCUGUGGAUUGGUGGGCCCUAGGAAUUCUUAUAUUUGAGAUGUUGUCAGGGUUUCCUCCAUUUUUUGAUGACAAUCCAUUUGGUAUAUAUCAGAAGAUUCUUGCUGGCAAAAUAGAUUUCCCGAGACAUUUGGAUUUAUAUGUAAAAGACCUAAUUAAGAAGCUGCUUGUGGUUGACAGGACAAGACGAUUAGGAAACAUGAAGAAUGGAGCAGAUGAUGUGAAGAGGCAUCGAUGGUUCAGGUCUGUAGAUUGGGAUGCUGUACCUCAAAGGCGACUAAAGCCUCCCAUAGUACCAAAAGUAUCCAAUGACGGAGAUACUUCCAAUUUUGAAGCUUAUCCUGAAGAUGAUUGGAACAAGACACCUCCAGUACCCCCUAAAGAUCUAGAAAUUUUCAAGAACUUUUGAAUGCAGCAUCUACACUGGACCAGAAACUGGAAGGAAACUGAAGUGCUAAGAGCAAGUCUGAAGGAAAAUGGAAUUACUACAAAAAUGAAGACUUUCUUUGUGCAUAAGAAUGAUACUGCAUUCAGAUAUGUGUAUUAGUAUAUAGUAAUUAUCUAAAGAGUUGGAGGCAGGCAAGAAUAAUUCUUUGCUGUAAACAUUUGACAUUAGUUUAGUAAGUUGUAAUAUUGAUAGUCUCCUCUGAAGUGGACUCAUUAAAAUGAUAUAUUAGGAUUUUUUUUAACUUAUGGUUUAGUUAAGUUUCCUGCUAUUCCCAGAUCCUUUUUGCAUAGUUAAAUCAUAGAAUUAAUUUUCUAAGUUUAUACUAAACUUGUGUAAUUGAAAGCACAAAUUAGUAUAUAUGUAUAUAAUGAAUACAAUACAACUAAAGAUGUAAAUUUUUGUAUUUUGCAGAGUCUAUGAUUUUUAUUUUUCAAAUAAUGUUUUUCAAGAAGCUCUCUAGGAAUAAAAAUCUUGAAAGGAUAAAUGAGUUUUUCAUCAUCUUAAAUGCAUUUUAUAAUUCUUUGUAAAAAAUAAAAGUAAUUAAGUUUUAAAAUAUAUUUGUAUCUAAAAUUUCCAAUGCCUCACACUUGCAACCAUAGUACUUGAAAGCAGAAAGACAAGGGCAUGUUCUGUUGUCUGUUAAGAUACAUCUUAAUGGCUAAUUUAUGAAGUUCUAUUACAGUGAUGUUUCUUUACAAACCAGGAAUGUUGAGUGAGUAUACACUGUCUGAAAUGAGAUCCCUCACAUGAAGACUCUCUGUAAACAUGCAAUUCAGUGCAUACUGAUAAAGGGCUCUUACAGAAGUUGUUCCCUCUUGAGCUUGCCUUCUUCUCCAUGAUCCAUAACAGACUUUUUCAUUACUGAAAUAGUUGUUAUUGAAUCCUUGGCAAGUCAGAAUAUUGGAGGGAAGACUGAAUAUAUGUUAAAGCCUGAUUUUUCUGCUCCUGCUUUUGGAAAUGUCCUAAAGCCUCUGCUGCCAGGAGUUCCAUAUGUACAGAGUUCAAACCUUAGACGUAAGGAGUCUCUUUUUCAUUAUGUACUGACAUCUUUCUAGCAGCAUGAGUACACUGUAUUUAGGAAUUAUUUGCAAAAACAGCUUAUUUUAAGUAGCACCAAAUGUCUUUAUGUGCAUAUGUAUGUAUCUAUGUAUAUGAAUACACAUAAAUGUGAAGGUAGAUUGUAUACAAAAGUCAGGACCUUUUUUAGGGUUUUUUCAUGUUACAUAUUGUGAUACUUGUGUUAAUACAGAGGAAUUGAUUUCAAAGUGUUUUGAUCUCAAAAAAUAAAUACAUUCUUUCAGAUGUUGUGGUUUUAGAUAACUUUUAGUGAAAUUAUUACAUUUAGACGCAAAAAGAAAAUUUUUGAAAGCUCAUCAGCUCACUGGAGUCCCACUGCUAUGACUAUUGUGUCUACAUAAAACUGUUUAGGUAGGUCACACAGAGUUUCUCCCACAAACUGUUAUCCACAUUUUUGAUCUGAAAUUACAUACAAAAUGUAAGCCAAAAAUUUAAUUUUUCUGAACUAAACCCUGAAUGCUUAUGGAGUAGACAUUCUAGUAGUCACUCAUGAAAUUAUCAUUAUUAUAAUUUUAUGACAAAGCUGCAGCUGGAGUCUCCUUGUGGAAAAAUGACCUCCAUUUUCUUUUAUUUAGUUCUAAAUGGUACAGAAGUGCUGUUGAGAACUUGCAAUUUGUAGGGUAUUAGAUAUUUUUCUUCAUAAAACAAGUCUAAUUUAAGAGAUUGCAGGAUACCUCAAAGUGGUAGUUCUGGAAUAUCACAAACUAUUUUUGAUGUUACACAAGUGCCACAGUAAAUACUGUGUAGGAAUGUAUAAUGAAUACAGGCAAAGCCAUAGGAAAUUGUAAUUUUAACCUGACAAAAGUACCUUGCUCUCUUGAAAAAAGGAAUCUGGUCCACUUUUUUUAUCUGUGUCAUUACUUAUUCCAAAUAAAUCAGAAAAACUCAAGCACAUAAAACACAGCUUAUUUUGUCCAAGAGGAGCAAGCACAGUUCAAUAUUAUUUUUUUCUUAUUUGUAAGCUUAACAGUAUUGUGUGGAAUCUGAGUACUACAAAACAAAUUUCUAAAAAAAUGUACAUAUUGCAACAAGGGUAGUGUGCUAAAUAUAUUUUUUUUCUGUACUGUGUUGGAAAUCUUCAAAGCUGAGGAAAUGAAGCUGCAUUUGACUAACGUGCCACAUUGGUGGCUAGAAGUUUUGAAUGCUUGAACAACAGGAGAUAGUGGAUUUUCUUUUUAUAAAUCUUCUCCAUUGCUGGCAGUGGAUGCACUGACACUCAUUAUGAUAGAGACUAAAUAAACAAAUACAGUCUUAUUAAUAAUGCUAAUCCGUUGACUUUACAUUGUUUCCAGAGCCAUGUGUACAUAAUAUGCCUAACUACUGACCUCCUCAACAUGCUUUCUAGUACAAAACUCCCUUCAUUAUUUUUUUUAAACUAAAAUCCUUACCUAAAAAAACCUAUCAAACAACACAAACAUUUUUGAAGCAUCAUUUUAAACGACUGGUUAUUUUCUCUACAGUCUUGAACUUCGUAAGUUUUUAUUGCCUGCUCAUUUUGUUUAUUUGCACAAGUGAGUCUGUUUUGUUUUAAGUCUUUGCUGGGACUUCAUGGCCCACUAAUGUAGUUCUUUUUGAGUGCUCAUGCAGAAGUCCCUGAUAUACCCUGCACUAAGGACUCUGCAUUUACCUGUGGGGUUUUUUUAAACAGACUAGAACACUUUUAUAUUCUAUUCAAGUAUGAUAUUAUCUGAAGUUCAUUUUAUUGUGGUUGCUUCUGUUAACAUGUUUUUGCACAUUGAGUGUUGCAUAAGGACUGUUUUCUUGCAAGAGCCCGUAGGCCUUUGGUGUUUUGCUUUGGUGAACAAGAAUGUUAAAACAUUAAAAAAACAACCUUUAUUUUUGAGUCUUCUAUCUAUAUUUUUUAAUUGUCCAAUUUGAGGUUUUAAGUGAUAAACAUGCAUUGUAAACUCAAUUGCCUUGUAACCAAAUUAUAUAAAUACUUCAUUAUUUCAAUGGAGAACGUGCUGUAGAUUUUUCUGUAAAUUAGCUUGAUAAAUUGUGUGCUACUGAGCUUUAACUAAUGUGGUCUUCCACUGUAGAAAGUCAUUGUUAAUGGAUCAAAUAUAGGUACUAAACUAUGUUUAAAUGGAUGAACAGGGAUUUUGCAGUUUUGAAAGCAACAAAGAUGUGGCUGUUCCUCAGCCUAUCUGCUUGCCAUUCAGAAGAGUUUUGAUGCAGUGCUUCCUAUGCUAUAGAAUUAUUCUUCAGCUUUCAAUGACUGUAGCAUUAUUCCUUUUUGUACUGUACUGUGUACAGACUUUCCAUGUUUUGCACUUUUCUAUGGCAAACUUUGCUUUAUAAAUACUCUGUUGUGUAGUAAGUAGUGAUAGUGGUAGCAGGCAUUUGUGUACUGCAUAAUCAGUUUGAAUUGCUAGACUUAAAAGGUUAACUUGGACUAACGUUGUGUGUUGCUGGUUGCUUGUUGUAGCUCACAUGUGUAAGUACUGUUCAAAGUUACAAAGUCAGCCCUCAUUGCACAAUGAAAAUCACUGUGAUCUGUACAUAAACCCUAGUAAAAUUUUAUUGCAUUUUAAUUUAUGUAAUAUCUGUCAAAUCUGGAUUCAUUUAAUAAACCUUUAUAUCUUUUUAAA